AAAUGCUUCUUCUUUCCAUUCGUUAGUUAGUCUCUCUCUCUCCCUUCUAUCCCCCUUUAUUCACGCCGCUUUCACUUCCAUUAUCACACAUUUCUUUCCCAUUUCCUACAACAAAACAAACACCACAGACCCUCUUCUUCUCCAUUCCACCACCAUCUUCCAAUUUUCUAUUCCAUUCUCUUCUCUGUCUCUUUUCUAAACAAAGAGAGAAAAAAGAGAAAAACAAUGUCUGAGCUGUGCUUGUCAAGCACAACCAAGACUACUACCAGUCUUCUCCUCUCUGACUUCUUCCUAUUUUGUUCCUUCAUUCUCUCUCACCCUCUCUACUUCUCUUACUUCAUCUUCUUCUCUCCUUACCUUCUCAAACUCCUCUCCUUUCUCUCUCCUCUCUUCAUCACCACUUCCCUCCUCCUCCUCGCUCUCCUCACCCUCUCUCCCACCCUCCAUCACAAUUCUACACCCCAAUUGCUUGAAUCCAAAGUUGGGUUUUUUCUCUCUACAUACCAUGCACUUGUACACACACUCAAGUCCAAAACAGAGCACAAAAAUGAAGAGUUUCAUCAAUUUGAUGAGCUUGAAGCCUGUAGAAUUGUGUUCGACACAUCUAUUUUCGAUGUAGAAGAAAUCCCAUUUCAAGAUUGCUCACCACCACUUGAAUCAACCACCAUUGUCGAGAGUUUGAGUACCGAAUUAGGAAAAUCAACACAAGUUACUCACACAGAAACUACUGAUCAUCAGCCUGACAUGGAAGCAAAGUCUUUGGAAGGUUUUUUACAAGCAUUGGAUGAGUUUGAGAGCAUGACUAAUUACAAUGUGGAAGAGAAGAAAAUUGAGUCAAAAGGCCCCAAGCCCGAUAAAGUUGAAGGACAACAAAAGGAAGAGUCAAUUGCGACAAGGGGAUCCGAGGCAACACUUAUUAAAAUAAGAGUUGCCACCAAUAAAGUUAACACUGAUAACGGAGACGAGUACACUAAUUGUGCUGACAAUGGCGGAGAGUACACGUCAGACGUCACGGAGACGGAGAUUAGUUCGCGGACAUUGGAUUCGAAUCUGGGGAGCUAUGGAUCAAUGAGGAGGGAGAAGGAAUGGAAGAGGACGUUGGCGUGCAAGCUGUUCGAGGAGAGGCACAAUGUGGAGGAAGGCGGCGAAGGGAUGGAUUUGCUUUGGGAGACGUACGAAAUGGAUUCGAGUAAGAACAAGGGGAAGGCCAUGGGCAGCAUGAAGAAGAAGGGGAAGAAUAAAGGUGAGAGUGAGUACUACGAGGACGACGAGUACGACGAAGAGUUGGAUGGGCAAUUGUGUUGCUUACAGGCAUUGAAGUUCUCAGCAAGAAAGAUGAAUCUAGGAAUGGGAAGGCCUAAUCUUGUUAAGUUUUCCAAGGCCAUCAAAGGGAUUGGAUGGUUGCAUCGUGUGACCAGUACUCAUGGUAGUAGAAAGAGGUAAAAAAAAAAAAAAAUCUGAGUUGGUGUUGGUGUUUUGGCUUUUAAUGUUAAAUUGCCAUGGCAAAGUAUGUGUAAUUUAUUUCAAAAUUAAAUUAAGUAAAUAUGUUCCUUCCAAUCCUCGAAAAUUCGAAUAUGUAUUCUCACGCUUAAUAUUUGUUAUUGUAUUUUGCAAUAUAUAA